GGGACCCUGUCCCCAUGGCCACUGGCCCCACACCUUUGCUCCAGUCUCAGGAGAGCUGGCUGGACCAGUGGUUUGCAUACCUGGGCUAGCGGUGACUUCCACACCACCUCCUGCCUCAUCCCCUGGGGCUGUCCCCAAAUGCCCCAUUCCUGUGCCAGGUGGGGACAGCUCGGUGCUGGCCACCCCACACCCUCCUCUCCCCUCCUCUCAGGCCACCUCCAUCCCAGCAGACACCCAAAGGUGCUGAUGAAAACCGGGCUCAUCCUCCUCAUCAUCGGCCACCUCAGCUUCAUCACCGGGGCCCUCGUCCACGGCACCGUCCUGCGCUUCGUGGUCACUGCCCGCGAUGUCACCUCCCUGCACUACGGUGUCACCAACAGCGCCUCUGCGGUCACUGCGCUGCUGACCAUCUCCUGUGGAGUCUCUGCCCUGCUGCUGGCCCGUUACCUCGGCUCUGCUGCCCUCAAAUGGGCGCUGCUGGUCCUGAGCGCCUGCAGCAGCCUGUGCUGCCUGUGCUGCCUGCUGGGGCUGCUCGUGGCCAUCGGGCUGACCCUGGGCAACCAGGGCCGGGUGUUGCUGGCCCCCUGCUCCAUCGACAGCAUCGCCCUCGCCCCGGUGUCCCGCGAGUGCCCCUUCGACCCCACCCGCGUCUACAGCUCCACGCUGUCCCUCUGGGCCAUCUCCCUCCUGCUGGAGGCCAUGGAGAUCUUCUUCAGCAUCCGCUGCCUCCUGCUCGCCCUGGAGCUCCUCCGCCUUGGCCGCUGCUGCCAUGGGACGCUCCGGAUGAAGGUCUCUUUGCAGGCAGCCCCUGUGGAGAGCCCUGGCCCCGGGCAGUGCCGGGGCCUGCUGAGACUGGACAGUGUGGAAAUCGCCCGGCUCUGAGCAGGGCCCGAGGGUUAAAGGACCCUGUGGAUGUGUCCUGGCCGUUCCUGCCCCAUUCCAGCCCCACGACAGGACUCUGCUGCCUCCCAGGAUGUGUGGACACAUCCCCUGGAACACGAGCCCAUCCCACGGCCUUGGGUUGCCUGGGGCUGCAGCGAGGGAUGAAACUGGGCUGGAUCCAGACCCUGCAGGGAGGAACCUUCCCCAGGGCUUCCGUGUCCCCUUUCCCAGCAUGGACUGCACUGACACAAACUUUAUUCUGCAGGUAUUAAAGACCAGAAGCAUGGCCCCCUGGCCCCACGCCCUGCCCUGGCUAUGGGGAAGGGGCUGACCCAGCCGUGGGACCCCGCAGCCACCGGGGCUUUGUCCCCUGGGCCGUGUCCCCACGCCUGCCAGAGAUGCAGCAGUGGCCACCAGCGUGUCCCACGGGGCUGGGCUGUCCCCCUGCCCUGAGCCCUGCUUCUGGGGGAGCCUCAGGGCACCCAUCCUCCAUCCUCCCACCACUGCAGGAGCCCCCCAGGGAUGGGGACUCCCCCCCUGGGCUCCCCUCACCCCAAUUUCAGCUGGGUCCAGCUCUCAUCCCACGAGGCGCUGUGGGGGCACAGCAGGGACCGCAGGGGCCGGGUAAGGGACAGUGACCAUCUGCAGGGUCGGGGGUGCC